AUGAGAAUGCUGAGGAAGGAAACUGACGAGCACGAUGAGUGUGCUGUGGUGCGAGCAGACUGUUCGCUCGAGUCAGCUUUGCCAAUGCCUUCUGGGGGUACUCUCGCAGCGGCGACAGUUCCUGUCCCUGAAUCACCUCCAUGUCCCUCUGGAAAGCCUGCAAGUGAUGUAAUUACUGGGGCCACUGCCAGGGCAGCCGCACAAGCAGCCAUCCAUCCUCUGGACACUCUAAAGGUUCGCAUGCAGGUCAGAAGCCGGGGAAGGUCAACAUGCAAGCUGCCUCGCCGAUUGCUGUCCCGGCCGAAGGGAAGCGUGCUCAGCAUGCUCAAUGCUGCUGCUUCUGCAGGAAGGGAUGUUGCAGGGCUCUAUCAAGGUGUGCUGGGGGCUGCAUGUGGUGCUGGGAUAGCCUGUGGGACUUACUUUGCCUUCUACACAGCUGCCGCAAAUAUCAUUGCAAAGAAAACUAGCCUCCCCACAGCUGGAGUUGCUUUCUUCAGUGGUGGAAUUGCCGCGGUGGGGAGCAGCAUCGUGAAGGUGCCCCUGGCAGUGUGCAUACGAUCUGUGCAGGCUGGGGUGUAUGCCAACGCCUUCACAGCCGCUCAGUCGAUUGUGGCUGCUGCAGGGCCUCAGGGGCUCUUCGCAGGAUAUGUUCCCACACUCAUAGAGGACGUCCCAGACAUGGCUUGCAGGUUUGCAGGAUAUGAAACCCUGAGGUCAAUUCACAAGGCCAUGCUGAAGGACAGGGAACCCACUGCCGGAGAAGACUUCGUCAUGGGGGCACUUGCUGGUGCCUUUGCAGCUGCAGUUACAACCCCAGUCGAUGUGAUAAAGACAAACAUGAUGUGCACAGCUGCAAUGCGUCCUACCAUGGCAUCGGCAGCAAGAACUGUCAUGGCAGCUGAGGGUUUGAAGGGUUUUGCCAGGGGUGUUGGGCCAAGGGCUGUCAGCAAUGGAAUCAACUCAGCUGUCUUUUUCACAAUGUUUGAGUUCUUCAGGGGCUGCAUAGCCCAACAUUCCUGUCCAAGAAAAGCACCAGAGAAGGUUAUUGGUACGACAGCUGGUGAGAAGUCCAUGGACGCCCUUGUAUGA